CAGACGCUUUCCCAGCUUCCGGAAAUGCGUGGCUGGGAAGAAAAAUGGCGUAUAGCCCACUGCAUAUACCUCUUAUAUGUGUGGCACCAACGCAUUCGUUUAGCCCUUUCCUUUUGUCUGUUUUCGUCGCUUUUGCAGCAUUACAAACAAUACAAUCCGAAGAUGUGUUCAGUGCGAGCCGCACGGCUUCAGUGUCAAUCUCUGCAGCAAGGGAUCUUCGGUACCUUUUAUAUGAUGUAAACCCACCUGAAGGGUUUAAUUUGCGAAGAGAUGUCUACAUCCGCAUGGCCUCACUGGUCAAGACUUUGAGGAAAGAAGGGGAUGACUGGGUAUUGGUCCUCCCCCCUUGGGGUCGACUCUAUCACUGGCAAAGUCCUGAUAUCCACCAGGUUCGUAUCCCAUGGGGAGAGUUCUUCAGCCUGACCAGCCUGCAAGCCAACGUACCUGUUAUUGAGUAUGAGGAAUUUAUUGCUGAAAACGGAGGGCCUUUCAUAGACCAGGUGCUUGUGCUACAGAACUAUGCCGAAGGAUGGACUGAUGGAAGAUGGGAGGAAAAAGUUGAUGAGCGUGCAUGCAUUGAGAAGCUACUGUACACCAAAGAUAAACAGGGCUACUACAGGGGCUGGUUUUGGGGCUAUGAAGAAACAAGGGCUCGAAAUGUGACAUGUUUAUCAGCUCAAGGCCAUGCAUCCAUCAUAGCCCCAGUUCUUCAGAAAAACUUCACAGCAAUCUCAGUCAUGCUUGACAGAGCAGAGACUCUCCUACAUGAUCACUAUGCUGGAAAAGACUACUGGAAUACCCGGCGCAGCAUGGUUUUCGUCAAGCACCUGCGACUCAUAGGGGAUGAUUUCAGAGCAAAAUAUCUGAACUCCACAGAUGACACAGACCGUACACUAUAUAAUGAAAACUGGACCCGCAUGAAAUCCAAGCCUGGCUCUGCUAUAGGAGGUCCAUAUAUUGGGGUUCAUCUUCGCAGGAAGGACUUCAUCUGGGGUCACAGAGAUGAUGUGCCCAGCCUGAAAGGGGCAGCCAAAAAGAUACGCAGUGUGAUGAAGAAACACAAGCUUCAGACAGUGUUUGUUGCAACUGAUGCAGACGGAGAAGAACUGAGAGAGCUGAAAAGAUUGUUGCCAGACAUGGUGCGGUUUGAGCCAUCCAAAGAGGAUCUGGAGCUGCUCAGAGAUGGAGGAGUGGCUAUUAUUGACCAGUGGAUAUGUGCUCAUGCAAGGUUCUUCAUUGGGACAUCAGUUUCCACCUUCUCUUUUCGGAUUCACGAAGAAAGAGAAAUCCUGGGGUUUGAUCCCAAAACCACGUACAACCGAUUCUGUGGAGACUCUGAGAAACAAUGUGAACAGCCCACACACUGGAAAAUUGUUUAUUAACUUUACCUCCACCUCUUCUGAAGCACAAGUGCCAAAAGCAGUAUUACAACUGACAGAUUUAUGAAAAAAGAUCUGUUAGGGGAUUUUUCAUGGUUUCAGUGUUAGAUGGCCACUGUGUUUGAACUUUGUGCUUAAAAGGUUCAAGCUCUGCUGCUCAACAGUGUUGGCUAAAUGUAAUUUGUAUAUAGUUUUAUUUAGAUCGAUGGUCUGUGAAUCUUUCAUAAAAGGGUAUUGUAUUUAAUGUGUUACAUUUCUAACUCACAAGUGGAGUGAAUUAUGUUAAGUGGAGACUGACACUAGUGUAUGACUGUAUUUGAUUUAGAUUUGAUAUUAUCAAAAAUGUUUUUUACUGUUUAAGAAUUCUGAAGUAUUUUAAGAAUAAUGUAUAAAAAAAAUCAAAAGCACAUCAAGAGGAAGGAACCAAAGCUUACUAGGCUUAAAGAUCUACCAUUCAAUAAAGAUUUAUUUACAGAAAGUGUAUAUGCAUAACUGAAAUUAAUUUUUUUAUUCCUAAAAAAGCAAUGUAAAUAAAAUGAUUAAAGAUUUGGUAUUAUGCUUUUUUCUAGGCACAUAGUUAAAUUUUAUAGCACUAUCAAUUAGACAUGUUACUUUCAGUUAUAAUUUUUUUUAUGAAAAAAUGUAUAAAUCAUGACAUCAUGAUAUAUACAUGACAUGACGUAAUCACAAAAAUACUGAGGAGUAGUUCAUAAGAUGAGCUUGACAGAUGUGCACUUCUGCCAGGUGAUUGCUAAUUGCUGCUACUGCUAGUCUGAAGGAACUGAGACCGGGGAGUAGUUCUCUGUGAGGCAGAAGCUUGGCUUGAGACUGCUGCUUCCAGAGGAGCUUUGUGGAAAUAGAUGGUUCUUUGUGAGAGCAAGCGCCUAGCCACCGCUGAAUGGCUGCCAUGAAAAGUUCAAGAAUUUCCUAGACAUGCAUGAAAGAAUCAAAGCAAAUAAAAGCAGGUAUGUUUUUGAUGAGGGAAUAAUAUUAUAUAAACCUCAAAGACAUUGAUUUGUCACGAUAUCCCUAUUUUAAAGGUCAGUCUGAAUCCUCAUCAGCAGUCUUGGAAAAUGACCCUCUUGCAUAAGGUGUUUUAACUACACCUUUACCUUUAUGUUUGUGACUAUAAAAACCACAUGGUAUUAGCAGAACUGAAAGAAAACACUAUAGUUACCUUGGUGACGCGGUCUCAACCUUUUACAAAGCAAUGGCCUUAUGUCACCUAUAACCCUGUAAGGUCCAACAGUGAAGCUUUCUGUUGCUCAUGUUGUAGCUAAGCUGCUGUAACCUCUGCUGAUAAAUGGAAAUAAUGCGUUUGUCGUUCGGCUAGCCGGACUGCUUCUCUUUCUGGAACUCCCUUUGACAUAAAAUAAAAGCUUAGU